AUGGCGGGGCAGAAGAACGUUCUGUUGAUGGUCGCUGACGACCUGGGGAAGCAACUGAGCUGUUACGGCGCUAAGGGAAUCCAAACGCCAAAUAUCGACAAACUCGCAGGACAGGGGACGCUUUUCGAGUAUGCCUUUGCGAGCACCGCAUCUUGCAGUGGCAGUCGUUCUGUCAUCUACACAGGUCUACACACUCAUCAAAAUGGUCAAUAUGGCCUAGCGAGUCAUCGACAUCAUUUUGUGACCUUUGACCACGUUGAGACUGCUCCUCUGCUUUUGAACCAGAUCGGACACAGAACAGGGAUUAUCGGCAAGAUUCACGUUGGCCCUAUAUCCAUUUAUCCUUGGGAGAUCAAGGAGGAAAGUGACACACGCGAUGUCGCAGUGAUUUCCGAUCAAGCGCGUUCCUUCUUCCAGAAUUGCAAAGAAGAUAAGAAACCCUUCUUCUUGACUAUUGGUUUCAUUGAUCCUCAUCGCGAUCGGACCAGAGGAGGAUUUGGGAAUCCGCACCAAUAUGACCCUCGGAUUGGCGAAGGGACAUAUACCACAGAGGACGUGGAAAUUCCCUCAUUUAUGAACGAUUCGCCGGGUGCUAGAUUGGAGCUAGCAGAGUAUUAUAACUCUAUUCAUCGUCUCGAUCAGGGAGUUGGCUUCGUUUUAGAUGCCCUCGCCGAUUCUGGUCUCGCAAGUUCGACUCUUGUUAUCUUCUUGAGUGAUAAUGGCCCCCCAUUCAUGAAUUCAAAGACCACACUCUAUGACUCCGGGGUUCAGUUGCCUCUCAUCGUCAAACACCCCGAGAAAGAAUCAGCAAUCAGCCGAGCCAUGGUCUCUUAUAUCGAUAUUCUUCCCACAAUUUUGGAUUUCGUGGGCCAUCCGGCAAAAGUGGAUCCAGCUCAAAAGCGAAUCGGUCAAUCUCUCCUGCAAAAUUUGGGCUCGACAUCAGAUGAUACGAGGUUUGACCGGGUCUUUGGAUCUCAUACAUUUCAUGAAGUAACCAAUUAUUGGCCUACCCGCUUCAUUCGUGACAGGCGUUACAAAUACCACAGAAAUCUGGCAUGGAGACUGGAUUUCCCCUUCGCGUCUGACAUCUACGGAUCACUGUCAUGGGAAGAUGUUCGUAAUUCGGGCGACAAGGAAAUUUUUCUCGGAAAGCGAAAAUUGAAAGAUUAUUUUUUCCGUGGGCCAGAAGAGCUAUAUGACCUCGAGAAUGAUCCGUUGGAAGUCGAUAACCUUGCCGGAGAUCCACGCUAUCACGGGUUACUGGACAGCAUGAGGACGCUAUUGGAGGAAUGGCAACGGAGGACUGAAGAUCCUUGGUUGUAUCGAGACGGCGUGUCUGUCUGGUUCAAUAGAUACCAUUUUCCGGCAGGGCUGAAAAUUCCGGACCGGCUAGACUUUGACGUGAAUCGACCGGGUAACGUGGAUGUGAAGGCCUUCAACGGAAACGUAACUUGGGGCGCAGAUGUGAAGUCAGAUUGA